GAGAGAAUGCGGGGGAGGGAGUGAGGGAGUGAGGGAGUCAUGACUAGUAAGUGUAACGUUUUGAGAUUAUCGAACGUUUGAAAUUUAGUGUCACUUGUAGUUGGUUCUAGAAGAGCAAAUUAUAAUUUAUUGGCAAGUAGUUGUUCACAUCGACUAAGACAUAUUCUACAUUCAGUUUGAAAACAGCAACUCUAUCAUUUACCUUUCAUAUCCGCAUUAUACUUUUCACUUUUUGCAUACCCACCCUCUCCGUUCUUCAAAAUGGGUUUCAAUCAACGCAUAUUACAUGUAUUCAAGCGCAAUAAAUCAUUUACAUAUGCAGAAUUAGACCCCUCACAUGUAAGCUCGGAUAACGAAUAUCAAGAUGAAGAUCGACUUCUGAACCGCCUUUCUGUCGGCGAUGAUUCAUUUGAACAUGCUGAAAAGGGAGAAACUAAUUGCUGCCAUAGGCAUCACUCAUUUGUGAGAUGUCUGGGCUGGCUGAAUGGUCUUUUCUUUUGUCUGUCUUUGUACUUGUUCACCGCUGCCAUGCUUAAUUGGAAGCAAGUCCCAGGUGGAAGGGAGCGAAAUUGGGCGUUGAAACAAGUUUCAGAAAAAUCUCCAAUUCUCGACGCAAUCGAGAUUCCGCUUUCAACCUGGCGACUCAACGGCACAUUUCUAGAGCGCGAGGACGAAUCCAUCUAUCGAAAACCCCCAUCUCCCGAAGUCGAUGCAGCAUGGGCUCGUAUCGAGACGCAAAAUCCCAUUCCCCUAUCCCGACAAGAUCUUGUCAACCAAGGAAAAGAUCCAGAUAUGUACGCCAAAUUUCCCGAAUCUUUUGGUUUCGGCCCUGACGCCUUCAUCGGACGCAUCGACGUCUUUCAUCAAAUUCACUGUCUCAACCGAUUGCGUAUGCAUCUCUAUUGGAACGUAGCAUACUACUAUCCUGACGAACAGAUGGGAAAAUACCACCAACUGCACGCUUCACAUUGCGUGUAUGCGCUGCUGCAGAAUCUGAUGUGUCAGGGAAAUGUGGAUACGUAUGGUCAUUACUGGGUGGAUAUGCAGGAAAAUGCAGUGCCGGAUUUCAAUAUCAAUCAUAAAUGUAGGGAUUUUGAAGCGAUACUAGAGUAUCAUGAUGAGAUUGCGGUGCCGUUGGAAAAGUUUGGGGCGUUGAGGAGACCGCUGAAUGAGCCGGUUAGACAUAUGUCGCAUGAGGCAAAGGAGAUCUUUAGGUGGUUUGAUAAUCAUGAGGAUGAUGGACAGGAUGGAAUGGAGAUUUUGUGAUGGAUUAAAUUUGGAGGCGAAGGAAAUGUUUUGUGAGAAUAUAGGGUUCUUGGAGUUAGAUAGUGGACAAGAACUUUGGAUAAUGUGCAUCGUGCUGAGGAAAAGUUGUCUCUAUUCCUGAGAAGGAAAGCCUACCAAUAUAUAUAUAGCCUGUCUAAUACA